AGACAUGGCGACAUUCUUUAUGUGGAUUUCAAACGUACCGCUGCGGAACCCGCCGCGUCGGCAUCGGCGGUGACGUCGACUGGGGCACAGGAGCCUCGUCCGGUAGUUAAGCAGGAUGCCAUCGAUGAUGGUCUGGAAAAGCAGCCGGGGACUAUCAAACGAGGAAGAGACGCGAGAUUCUGCAAACAUGGCGCUUCCGGAAUGUGUGAAUACUGUAUGCCGUUACAGCCAUGGGACGCGAAAUACCUUGAAGACAACAAGAUAAAGCACAUGUCAUUCCAUGCAUACCUACGGAGACUGACGGAUCAGAACAAAACCGCACCCCCGACGAGUUCCCAGUUCCUGUCUCCAUUGGAGGAAGCUGAGAUGAAGGUGAAAAUACCUUGCCCGAGUCGAACGCACGAGUCGUGGCCGAAGGGGAUUUGCACGAAAUGUCAGCCCAGUGCGGUGACACUGCAAAGCCAGAAUUUCCGCAUGGUGGAUCACAUUGAGUUUGAAACGGCAGGAAUGAUCGACAAUUUCCUCAAGUACUGGCGUGCAACAGGGUAUCAACGGUUCGGUUACCUCUACGGCCGCUUCGAGCCGUACGCGGAAGUACCGCUGGGUGUGAAAGCGGUCGUCUCUGCCAUUUACGAACCACCACAAGAAGGCGCAUACGACGGACUGCAGCUAACCCUGCCAAACACGGAAAUGGCCGCCGUCGAAGAGAUAGCUGCGCGACUCGGGCUCGUUAAAGUGGGCAUGAUCUACACGGAUCUGACGGACGACGGGAGGGGGAAGGGGACGGUUAUCUGUAAACGCCAUGCGGACUCGUACUUUCUGUCCUCGGCGGAAUGUAUCUUGUCAGCGGAGAUGCAGUUGAAGAACCCGACUGUGAGCAAGUGGUCGGCUUCGGGGAAGUUUGGGAGUCGGUUCGUUACUUGUGUUAUGACUGGAAACGAGGACGGCGGCAUCGACAUCUCGACCUUUCAGGUCUCCAACACAGCGAUGGCGAUGGUCCGGGACGACAUCAUCGAAGCCUCCGUCGAACCAUCCCUCGUGCGUGUUAAGCAGCUUACAGACGAACACUACGUUCCCGAAGUGUUCUACAAGUACAAAAACAAGUACGGAAUCAUGGUGCAAGACGCUGCCCGGCCCACAUUUCCUGUCGAGUACCUCUUGGUGACGGUAACACACGGAUUCCCGCAAACCCCAUCCCCACUCUUCACCUCCCCCCUCAACUUCCCAAUCGAGAACCGACCCGGUGUCGAGACGCAGGAUAUGGGCGCACUGCAGCGACACCUUAAACAUGGCUCGUUGACGGAUAUGUUGUCUGAUUUCCAUUUGCUGCAUUAUUUGCGGGGUGUUGGGGUUGUUGAGCAGUCUGACAUGCAACUCGCAAUAGACAUCGCCAAAGCCCACUUGGAACCCCUCGCCACCCAGUUGGUCCAGCGGCCUUCCUGGCAGACUCUGGAGAUGAUCAUGAAGGAAACGGUUGGCGCGGGACCCGUUUCCUCCGGCCCAUCCACGUCCAGCUCAGGCGCGGCAGGACCAUCUUCUGCUGCUGCGGCGAAAGCGCCGUGGGCAUGUAGGCAUUGCACCUUUAGAAAUCCGGGCGGGGUGGCGAGUUGUGAGAUGUGUGGGUUGCCGAAUGAGUAGGGAUGGGGCGGGAUGGGAUGAAAUGUGUCUUGGGGGUCUUGGGGAUCUGUACGUUCUUUUCCUCUGAUCAUGUUUUUUGUUUAUGAUGCUGACGCUCUGGCCCGCUUUUGAGAGGUUGCUCUUGAGGUCUGCAGGAGGACAUGAUUUAGUACCCAUCCUGUCUGAAUCGUCAUAUCUAUACGUACUUUGGGGCCGGCGCGCCGACCCUUUGCCACUACUGUUAUCUUGGUGAUGAUUAUGAUGAGGAUGUACCGAUGGCCAACCCAAGAUUGGCAGCGAACGUCGACUUUACAACUGUGGUAUCUGCAACAACUGUAG